AUGAAAUUAUAGUUACCACUGUUUUGUGUUAUAGCAGGGGCCCCAACAACCCUGUGUCCAUUUCUGAGUAUAGUGUUUCAUGUCAUUUAUCAUAAGACUUACAUGAAAUAUUAUCUUAUUGUGAUAUAUAUUUUAUGGAUGUAAUGUCUUAUUACAAGCUAUACAUCUUAAGUUUGAGAGCAGAUUCAAGUUGCUAAUAUCCUCUGGUGACAUAUGAGUCACUUGCAUGGUCUUGGGAGGACAGAAAUAGAUAUAAAUAUGGCGUACCAUGACCCACUACUUUCACAAUUUGAUCCUUUGAAAGGUGAGUGUGAGGUCGAAGCCACUGUGAAUGAAAAAAAAAGAAAAAAAAAACAUGCACACUGGUAAAUCAGUAACUGUGCCCUUUUUUAUGUCUCCCACAGGUUCUGAAUGGAGCAAAAACUUUUCAACAACACAUUCACUUUCAACCUUCAGAUUGCCAGAAUUGAUGUCCCUCCUCAAGCUAUUUAUCCUGUUUUUAUCAUUGGAGCUCUGGUCUAUUUGUUUGCAGUGUUCUGUAAUGUAACAAUUCUAGCAUUGAUUGUUACCCAGCAAAGCCUUCAUAAACCUAUGUUUUAUAUUUUGUUCAGUCUUCCUUUGACAGAUUUAAUGGGAAUUACAUGUGCUCUGCCUAGAGUGCUUCUGGAUAUUGUAACCCAAACAAAUAUGGUCUAUUACCCAACAUGUGUCCUGCAGGGUUUUUUGCUUCAUUUGUAUGGAGGUAGUGUACUUUUUAUUCUGGCAGCCAUGUCAUUUGAUCGCUACAUAGCAAUAUGCAAGCCACUCAGAUAUAACUCUAUAAUGGGUCCAUACACAGUUGGUGUUGUGAUAGCACUGGCUUGGGGCCUUGACAUUGCCUUGAUUGUCGUGCUGUUUGCCCUUCAGGCAAGACUUCCAAAAUGUAAGACAAUCAUUUUUAAUGUGUAUUGUAGCAAUAAUACUCUGUUACAGCUUUCAUGUGCUGGUGACCUUACUGUGAACAAUAUUUAUGGAUUAGCUAUAACUGGAAUUGUGCAGGGCAUUAGUGUCACUAUUCAGUUAUUCUCCUACGUGCAAAUUCUUAAAGCCUGUCUUUCCCACACACAAACUGAUGCUAGAAGUAAGGCUGUAAACACAUGUUCAGCACAGAUAAUUACAUUUGUUCUGUAUGAAAUAGUUACAACCUUUACUGUACUUUCAUAUCGUUUUCAGAAUAUACCACCCAAUGCACAACAAAUAUGCGGUAUGCUGAUUUUCACAAUUCUUCCAGUUUUUAAUCCAAUUAUAUAUGGAAUGAAAACAAGAGACAUUAGAAAUUCAUUCAUCAUAGUGUUGAAAAAAAAGGUGGCAUUUAAAUAAUUUUGAAACAAAGGUUAUUUGGAUGAGUAUUACACUCAGUUCAAUUCUGUUUGCUCUGUUAAUAUAACCAUUUGCAAUCUGCUCUGACUUCUUCUUCACAUGUCUCAUUCAAACAUAACCACAUAAAAGAACAAUUUUCUCUUUGUCUAUAUUGGGUAAAUUUUGAUAUCCUUAUCUCCUCUAAAUGACUAUGAAUUCAUGCUAAAUCAGAGAAUGUUUCUAAAAAUGAUUAGCCUUUCCUAUAUCCCCAAUAGAAAUAUAUGUGUUUUGUUCAUAAACAAAAUUAAGCAAAUGGUUCUUUGUUAAU